GGGGGACAACAAAAAUCGUUCAAAGGAUAGUUUUUUUCUUUGUCUUCUAGAUGUGCUCUUGGAAGUUUAUGUGCUGCCUCUUCCACACUCUCCUCGAUUGAUUUGGUCACACACAGCCGCGACAUCAGAGAGCGCAAGACAAUAACAUCACGAGAACAAGAGGGGCUCGCCAAACAAGCGAACAGCAGUAAUAAUAAUAAUAAUAAUAAUAAUAAAAACGGACAAAGAGUAGCACGCACAGCAACGUACGUACCUCCACGUAGAUACGGCCACAUCAUUGCGCUUGUGGUGCAGUUGAGAGAGGGAGAGAGAGAGGGAGUGAGGGAGGGGGAGAGCAGUAAAGCGUUAUUGCUGCUGCCUAUGAAAAUUGCUGCCCCUUUUUUUUGUUUCCUCUCUUCGUCGCUAUUGGUUGUUUUUUUUUCCCUUCUCUUUUCUUGUCUUCUCCGUUCAACCAUUUCCGCCAUUCAUUCGCAUACGACUCUGCGGCAUGGUCUGUUGCUGAAGUUACUGCGUUUGUUUUUGGUUUUGUCGUUGUUGUUGUUGUGAAGAGCUUCGCACUUCCUUUUUGAUACUUUAGCCUAGACAGUUGCAAGGUUAGCAGGAAAAGAAAACAUAGGAUAUCACGUUUCAAAGCUUCGUCAUGAAGUACUUCUCUUGUCAACCAGACUCUCACAACGCCUUUGGCUCUCUCACAAACGGUGUCCUGACGUACUUCACCGUGGACUGCGCACGUUAUAAGCGGCUGUCACGGGCUAGCGGAAACACUGAAAGAGCGGAGUCGGGGGCGGCGGUCGCGGAAGGGCCACGCAGAACGACGGUGGCGCACACAUCACGCAAUGCUGCGCAAAGCCUUGCGUCGGGUGGUGUCGCCUCCCCGCCGACGUCCACAGCGCAAGCGAGCGCAAAUGCCGGCUUCGAUGGCAGCGAAGCGUACCAGGAGCCGCAUUUCUGCACCGACACGCGGAUGCACAUUCAACGCACGCUGACGCUGCCCGGCGCCUUUCAAUCCACUCAAUGCUGCUUCAGCAUGGCAAACCGAACUGUUUUCGGCACUGAUAUGGCCUUCAUCGGCGCGGCGAACGGCCUCCUUGCGCUAGUGGUACUGCAUGAAGACUUGCUACUGUACGUGCGCGGCAAAGACCCGCAGAGCCUGCGAGAUAGGUGGCAACGGGGACAGAGAGGCGAAGCCGCUCCAGCAGCGACGGCAACCUCGUCGUAUUUCCCCUCCUCCGCCGCCGCGUCGCUGUCCGGCGCGACGGCCAGCAGCACCACUGCCGCCACUACGCAUCUCUUCACUGGCGCCGCGGCUGCCCCGCCGUCUCCGAUGUCUUCCCUGGGCCCGGCCUGUGCCAGCAGCGGCGCGUCGGUCGGGGCCGCAUCGCUUUCUCCUGCAUUUUCGUCGACGACGGCGUCACCGUCGUUGCCGCCCAACGCCGGCGUGCCAUCCACCAUAACGUGGAUGCGGGACAAGCCUCUCGUGCUGGUGGGCUACUCAAACGGCCAGGUGGAGUGGUACCGCGUGUCCCUCUCCGUCGCACGCAGGCAGGCGUUGAUGGACCCGUCAAAGGAGCUGCCCUUUGGCCCCUCCAUGGCCUCUGGCGCAUUUGCUUACCAGGCCCUCAACCGCGACGCCCACACAAGUCGUGUGGUGCAGGUGGUCGAGGGCGGCCACGGAGACGGCCUGCGGACAGAGAUGGUGGCGCACUGCCACCUGCCCGACGCCGGGGCUCUCCUCACCAGCGACUACUUCCCCGCAAACGGCACCGUGGCCGUCGGUGGUGAGCGGGGCGGGCUAUACCUCUUUCACCCCGACCAACUCGCGGCGCCACUGUGUCAGCUGCACCUCCGCACCCCAACCGCAGGCUUCUUGUACUGUCACCCUUUCCUCCCCAUCGUUGGGGUGGUCUCCUCCGUGGUGUGGGCGGACGCGACAGGGGCGGCGCGACGGCGACGCGCAACGCAACCGCAGCCGCCAGCCCUGGCCAGCCCCACUCGCGUCUCCUCACCUGCCUCCUCUACGAAAGAAGAGCGGACGGAUAGGCAGGGGGGAAAGGACGGUCUAGAACGUUGGCGCAGCAGCCCCCUCCGUCGUGGUGACCGGCGUACCGGACAAGAGAACGCGCUAAUGCCUCCCGCAGCCGCUGCAGAGGCGGUGAAAACGGAGCGUCACGUUGGCUGGUACGACGCAGGCGUGGACGGUGCUGCAACGUUGGGAAGGGUGUCGAGGGCCUCUGAGGCGCCGACUGGCUUUUUUCGUCCCUCCUCCUUUGUUGACGAUGAGGUGGUGCGCUCUGGCUGCGUCUUCACUCUGGUGGAGUACACAAAGAAAGUCCCGCCCCGGCAGCUGGCGCGGUCGUGGGCCGGCGAUCAGCCCCUCUCGACCACCCAUCGCCUCUCCCAGGUCCUUCAGCACUGGAUGGAGGCCGCCACCACCCGCGACGGCGCGUCCUACACCUUCUCGUGGAAGUUUAGCUUCGAUUUGGAGGUGGUGGUCAGCAACAUAGAAGAGGGAGCGCUGCGGGUGGUGCGCAUCAGCCGUGCAACGACUUCUGCCGAUUCCACCACGCCCUCGCAGAGCCAUCGCGGACGGGCAGACGGCGGGCCUGCGACAGACAGCAUCGAGGGCAGCGUCGUCAUCGCCGGUGCCGAGAACGAGAACGGCACUGACGCCUCCUACACGACCACGUCGACCGCAGACACGGCCACCGGCAGCAACGGCCCUCAUCCGGACGCGUACCGUGUCACGCAGGAGUACAACGUUCGACUUCCCCUCCACUCGCUGGUGAACGUCGAGUACAUCUCGGCCGCCACCUCCGCGCUCAGUGUAUGGGACACCGCUGCGAUGGGUGACAGCGGCAACGCUGAGGGAAGCGAGCAGCAGCGCGGGUCGAUGACAGCGUUUCAGCGCGAGGCCGAGCGGCACCGCCGUCACUCCGCGCUGCUCGCCGCAGCCGCACAGGCGGUCGCCGACCCCCGCUCGCGGCUCGGCUCCCCGGUGGGCGCUGCGGGGCAGUUGUGCCGCCCCGCUGAUGCCUUUUGGGCUGGCCUCGCGGUGGUCUCUCUGGCGCACCAGCGACGACACCUGACGGCGACGGCGGAAGAGGAAGAGAGGAGGAGAUAUCGAAUCGUUGGCGCAGGGGGACGUAUACGGGGGGCGUUUGACGGCGCUGCUGGGCGCUGUGGAGGCGACGGUCGACUGCAGGUGGGCGGCGGGUCUAGUGGUGUGCGCAACGGGGUUGGAGAGGUGGGCGGCGGGCUGCAGCUGAAGGAAAAUGCACUGGCCGUGGCGAUGCUGCAGCCGCUACGCGGCGAGUACGGCGGUGUGGGCAGGGGACGGCGACACCGUAACCGGCACGGCGCGGACGCGAGCAGCAGCAGCUUCCACACCGGUACGGACGCAGCCUCCUCCAGUAGGCUGCAGUCCUCCUCGUCCACGUCGACGCCGCAGCGCCGUCACCGCCAUGAUCGCGACCCGCUGGCCCCCGCCAUCACUGUCCCGAGCUACGCCACACGGACCACGCGGAACGAGAUAGCCAACGCGGUGCUGAUUGCGGCGGAUCACCGCGUCGAGUUGCACGACCGACUGCGCAUUGGGGCUGGCAACGUGUCCUGUGUGGUGGGUAUGAACGCAGCAGGCGAGGUCGGCUCUGUCCCGAUCGAGGUGCGCGCCGUCGCCACGUGGCAUGAAGAGGGCAGCAUCUUUGUCGGUCUCGGGCCGACUACCUGCGCAGCGGACCUCGUGUCAAUCCAGGGGAUCGAGCGGCUGAUGCGACUGCGCCACGCCGCCGGCUUUGGCAUUGCCGCGGUGGCCAACUUGGCGGCGGCGAAGAAGGUGGGUGGGUACGGGAGUGAGGACGUGGUGCUGCUCUUCACCUACGUGGCGACGCUCGAGCGGGACGGCAUCGCCGCCUCGACCGGCUCCGUGCUUUCGUUGAUGGAACUGCUUCGCGUGUCGUCGACGCGCAGCCGGGGCGGCCCUGCUGUUCUCCUCCAGUCCCCGCCACGACUGGACCCGCGACGGCGAGCCGCAAUGCACGACUGCAGCUUUCACGAUGAUCCGCGCCGUUUGUUGGCGCUGCAGGUGCUGGGCUGGCUGCCCCCGUCUGUCGCAGAGGAAUGGAAGGUGUCGGCCGCAGCGACCCAUGCUCCGGAGGUGCCGGAGUGGCUGCAGCUACCCUUCGAGGCGGCUCCGGUGCUGAGCGAGACGCACACGAACACCGACGUUGAGCGCGCAGCGGCGAUCGAGGCGAGCCACUCGCGGUACGGCAAAGCGGCAGAUCUGCUGCUGCGGUUUGCGCACCGGUCACCGAAUUAUCGCGCCGUGGCGACGCUGCUGCAGCGCCCCGCAGAGGCGCUGGCGAUGGUGCGUGACAGCGACGAGCGCGUCUGUGCGGCUUUCCGCGCGUCUUUGACACCGUGGCUGCUCGUCGUGUUUCACUGCUUGUGUAGCGCUGCGGGCAAUGCGCAACGUCCACCAGGCGCUGCUUCGACGAGUCGAAGGGCGAUCAAGGGAACUCCUUCGUCCCCUCCAUCGACGGCGCUUCCGCGGGAGCUGUACGAGCACCCCGCCUUUCUCCUGUGGGACCGCGUGGCGUUGGCCAUCGUGAUGGAGGACGGCGCCAGCGGCGGGGCCCUUGCCCACGUCCUGCGAGAUGUCCUUCUGCCACAAUGCAACCCCGUGCAGGCCCUCCUGCUGCAUCACGGCGUGCACCGCCGUACGUGUCCGGCGAUGCAGGAGAUGGUGGACUGCACGGGCGACUUCCAACUUGGCGCGUGUCUAUUUGCGCGUGUUGGCGUGCUGACGACUGCGGCCGCGCUGGCCUUUCCAUUUUUGUUGGAUGGCGUAGUGCAGAGUGCAGCCGCGGCGCCGACGACGGCGGCGGGGGACUCGGGUGCGGAUGCCUUAGCGAUGAUUGGUUCUCCGCGUAUGCCGGGUGGUAGUGGUGGUGGUGGUCACGACGUGUCGGUGCCGGACCACCCAUUCCGUGAGGCGUCCCAGGGCUGGUGGGGCGAUGCAGACGACGUGGCGGGGGCGGAGGGGGAAGAGGAGGGGGACGCGGACGGCCUGCAAGAACGCAGAAACACUACUGCCCUUCCUCAUGGCAGCCGCAUCAGCUCCUCCCCGUACGCGUACCUGUACGACGGCACUAGUCCGCAGAGCAGCCGACGUGCGAGCCCACCUCUCACGUCUGCCAGCGCACCACGUGGUGCAUUGGAUGGCGGCGUGUCGCACACGGCCUGCCUGGUGCGCAACAGCGCCCUCCCCCCGCCACCGCCGCCGCAGAAUUUGUUACUGUUGCCGGCGAGUGACGCGAGCAGUCCCACGUACGCCUCCAGCCCCCACGCGAGUCCGCCGCCGCCGCCGCCGAAGCAACGAAAACGAGGCGACGGGGGCGGCGUUGAUGCUCGUAGCCGCCACCGCGACCCCGCCGGCGCCAGCUCGAGCAACACGGAGUUGACGAAGGCGGUAAAAGCGAAUGGCUUGGCCGGGCUCUACCGCGGGGCCCGUGGUCGCGUUGAGACGGACACCGAAGCGGACGACGCUGACAUCGACUCCGACGCGUGUGGCGACGAAGAGGGCGAGCUGACGGAUGAGCCGUGGGUGUGGUGGGCUGCCGCCUAUCGCUCUUUCCUGGAUGACGAGCAGGCAUUUGUGCGCCGUACCACCUUCGACGUGGAGUGCCAGCAGCUGCGCAUUCAAGCCGCUGUCCGUCUAGCCGCACUGUUACCAAAAGAGGGGUCUUUGGGUGGAGGUGCUGGCGGUCGCGGAGGCAGUGGUGUGGCGUCCAGGAUCCCCAGUUCGCCCCCUCACCGCUCUUCUUCGCUGGGGGAGUUGGAUGAGACAGGGUAUCGCUUACUCCUUUCCUCUGACGGGGGUCAGUUGUCGCUCUCUAGGACGCGUCGCACCGGCGGCCGACUAACACAGCCGAACUCUUCUCUCGGCCAGGCGCCGCUACCCUUCUCGCUAUCUUCCCUGUGCAACUCGUCGGUAGCAGGGGUUGCAGCACGCGGCUACGGUCAUCUUGCCGGCUUUUCUCAAGCUGAACUUGUCGUUGGUGCACACGCCGCCACAGACAGCGUGGCUUCUACUGACGGCACCACUGGGCAGGACUGCGUGUGUGGGGAACGGCACGAGGGCACCCAGCUCAUUCGCUCCUUGAUGAACCUGUGUAACACGACAACAACACGCUGCUCCGUCUGCCUCGAGCCCGUGCGGCUCGGCUCCUGUGAUGUCAGCUCGGCCUUUGCGUGGUGCACGUCGUGUCGACACGGCGGGCACGCGCACCACCUGCAAGAGUGGUUUCGCACACACCGUCGGUGCCCCGUAGACGGCUGCGACUGCCACUGCGAUGAGGACUCGAGCUUGUUUUGA